AUGAGGUCGCCCCGGACCUGGGCCUCCCCGGGCCAAGGGCUCGCCGCGCCGCUGCUGCCGCUGCUGCUGCUGGCGCUGCUGCUCCUCGACUGUCGAGCCGCCGACCCCGUUUUCCAGCCGGACUGGGGCUUUGCCUCCUACGAGAUCACCAUCCCCAAGAGGCUGAGCCUGCAGGCGGGGCCCAGGGGCCACACCAAGCAAGUGUCCUACCUGCUGCACAUCCAAGGCAAGAGGCACGUCCUGCGCCUGCGGCCCAAGAGGCUUCUGCUGCCCCGCAACCUGCAGGUUUUCUCCUUCACGCCCCAGGGCAAGCUCGUGGAGGACCACCCGUUCAUCCCCAGAGACUGCAGCUACGCGGGCACCGUGGAAGGGGCUCGGGACUCGGACGCCACUGUCACGACGUGCAUGGGGGGCCUGCGAGGGGUGCUGGCCAUCGACGCCAGACGCUACCAGAUCGAGCCCCGCAAGGGCUCCUCCACUUUUGAGCAUGUGCUGUAUCUCCUGAAGAGCGAGGCGCUGCCUCCGGGUCAGACCUGCGCGAUGACUGAUGAUGGUCUGGGGAGUCCCGCGACCCCUAAGGACAGUCAGGCCAGGGUGGGGGACAUGCUGGAAACGUACAAACACACCAAGUACUUAGAGUUGGUCCUGGUCUUUGAUCACGACAGAUACGUGUAUUCCCAGUCUAAUCUCACCCAAGUCGUGAGUGAUGGCAUUAUUAUGGCAGAGAUUAUGGACACUUACUUUCAGGAUGUGCACAUGCGGAUCCACCUAAGUGCUCUGGAAGUGUGGACAGAUGAAGACAAAAUAAAUUUUAGGGUUCCAGCAGUAUCUCAGACUAUGAAGCAAUUUGCAGAAUACAGAGAAUUGUCUAUAAAUCCUCGGGUUACAAAUGACUGGGCACAUUUAUAUUUUACUAAACGCUCUGUUAGUUCCAUUACAGAUAUAUCCGGCAAAGUGUGCUCUCUACAGGAUUCUGGUUCUCUAAGUACAUUUCGAGACAAAAAUCUCCACGUUCCUGCGACUUUUGCUACUCAUUUACUGGGUCACGUCGUAGGAAUGCAGCAUGAUACUGACUACUGCGUCUGUCGGGGUCAGAAUACAUGCAUCAUGGGCACUGGAGUAACUGGUUUUAGUAAUUGUAGUUAUGGUGAAUUUUGGGCCUACACAAGUGUAGAUGCACAUUGUCUAAACAAUAUCCCAGAAACAGGUUUUGUGUUUAAGAGAUGUGGAAACAAAAUUGUGGAAGAGGGUGAGGAAUGUGAUUGUGGUACAGGUGAGGAGUGUAAAAAAGACCGGUGCUGUCAACCAAAUUGUAAACUCAGACUGGGGGCCAAUUGCAGCACCGGUCUUUGCUGUCAUAACUGUCACAUUAGACCAUCUGGGUACAUAUGUCGAAAGGAAGAAAAUGAGUGUGACCUUGCAGAAUACUGCAAUGGACAGUCAGCUUUAUGCCCAGAUGACCUAUAUAAGCGGGAUGGAACUCCUUGCAAGUAUGAAGCCAGUUGUUUCAAAAAGGGGUGCAGAUCCAGAUACAUGCAAUGCCAGAACAUUUUUGGACCUGAUGCCAGGGAGGCUCCUUAUCAGUGCUAUGAGGCGGUCAAUACAAUAGGCGACCAGUAUGGGCACUGCAGAAUUAAAGGAAUGAAUGCCUAUGAAAAGUGUAGCCAGCAAAAUUCACUAUGUGGCAGAAUACAGUGUAUAAACGUCAAAACCAUCCCUGAUUUACCAGAUCAUUCUACUGUUAUUUCCACUCAUCUGGAGAAGGAAAACCUCAACUGCUGGGGAAUAGGUUAUCAUUUAUCCAUGGUUCCCAUGGGGAUACCUGAUGUGGGUGUCAUAAGUGAUGGAACCUCCUGUGGUAAGAACCAGAUAUGUAUUAACAGAACUUGUGUGGAGAGAUGGACAGCCCUUAAGACUGAGUGUUCACCUGAGGAGUGCAACCGCCGAGGUUUUUGCAACAAUAAACAGCACUGUCACUGCAUGUAUGGCUGGGCCCCUCCGUUCUGCGAGCAGGCGGGGCUUGGGGGAAGCAUUGACAGUGGGCCCCCACGAGCACUCAAAAAACGUGAGUCUUCCUUCCUUCAUAUUGUGGCCCUUCUGUUAUUACGCCUUAUUUUAUUUGCCGCCUCAGUAAUGAUUGUGUGUUACGUGCAAGCAAUACAAAAACUUUUUAAACCCAUUAAAAAAGAGAGACCGCCAGUUAUCUCUAAAGAAGACAAAGCAAUGCAGAGGACAAGAAAACCUAAAAUGUAGAACCUGUUUAAUCUGUAGCUCCUCCAUAGCACAGGAUCAUAUGUUAAACGAACCUGUGAUUUAUCCAAAAACUCUUCCGCUGGUUACAAUUCUUUUGACUUAAUUUUCCUUCCAGAUUGGACCAACAAAUAAAUGAUAUUAUUGCUUUGGAUGAAAUCGGUGCAUUUUACUUUCCUGUGCU